AGUGUUUUGCGUAGUCUCUUUAUUAUUUCAUUUCUUUAUUUCAUGCUCUUUACACCUAUAGAGAGUAAGUAUUUCGCGCUGCGCUCCACCCGAAGAUUAUGUGGUGAGAUUGUAUUAAAUUGCAUUUACGACAAGGAGAUUGUAGAAUUUUCGCAUUCAGCACGUAUGAUAAGAUAAUUCGGUCGCGUUUUCCUAUUAAAAUCAGACCGCAUUUUAUACAGCGAGCACCAACCAGAUGCUAACGCAGACUAGCGUUAACAUACAACAAAAUGGAUAGUAGCACCAAACCGGAUCGCAAAAAUCCAUGUGAAGAGGCGAGCUUUAUAUCUCGACUAAUAUUUGCAUGGGCCGUCCCAUUGUUGUUUCGUGGAUCGCGACAAGGUCUCACUGCACUUGAUCUAACGGAAUGCCUAAAAGCAGAUCGCUCAGAGCACUUAGGAAAUCGUCUGAAUCAUGAGUGGAAAAAGGAGCUGUCGAGUGCUCGAAAUAAGUCGCAUAAACCGAACCUGCGAAAUGCCUUAAUUAGAUGCUUUUGGAGACCUUUUAUUAUCAACGGAGUCUUAUGCGUUAUUUUCAUUACACUCAAAAUGCUAACAGCUGCAAUUUUAGCCCAGCUUUUGAUGCAGCUGCAACAUGCAGCUUUGAAAGUCAGUGGGCUGUCCAGUGUACUUAAUAGCACCUCUCCGGAGGGCAUUAAUAUAAAUGCGUCUGCGACUGAUGUAUAUAGCAACUCAUCCUAUUCGCUGGACAAAGCUGCUGCCUCUGACGCAUCGAAUACAAGUUUUGACAUUUGGAACAAUGUCUAUGGACUUGGAGGCAUGUUGGUGGCUGUAAAUUUCAUAGCUUGCUUUCUUUGGCACCACCUGUAUCUGCGUCAACGUCUGAUGGGUGGUCGAAUGAGGAUUGCCUGCUGCUCCCUGGUCUAUCGCAAGACAUUACGACUGUCCAUGCGAUCGGCGGGAUCUACCUCGGCGGGUCAUCUGAUAAACCUCAUGUCAAAUGAUGUAAGCCGACUGGACUUUGCUCUAGUGUUCACGCAUUAUAUCUGGAUAUUGCCCAUCCAUUCGGUGGUCACUUGUUACCUUAUAUGGCUGCAAAUUGGUCUCCCCGCUCUUAUUGGAGUCGGUGGACUACUGUUGAAAACUGUGCCCGUGCAGAUGGCGCUGAGCAAACUGACCUCAGCACUACGGAAACGCAUUGCAGAGCGAACGGAUGUGCGCGUAGGAAUCAUGAAUGAACUUAUGAAGGGCAUUCAGGUUAUUAAAAUGUAUGCCUGGGAGAACUCCUUUCUGGUCGUUGUGUCAGAGGCUCGACGUCGCGAGAUCAAACAACUUCGAUACGCCAACUAUCUGUACGGAUUUCAGCGCACGACCAGAUUCUUCAUACAGCGCACUACAUUAUUUAUUACUUUAGCAGCUGCUGCUCUCAUGGGCCGAGGCAUCACUGCCGAGUUUGUUUUCUCCGUGGUAAUUUACUAUAAUAUAUUACAACUUGUGGCGGCCGUUUACUGUCCCCUGGCUUUCAACUUGGCCGCGGAGGCUUUCGUCUCACUUACUAGGAUUCAGGCGUUUCUGCAACAUGAGGAACGUGAUGAGGAAACACAAUUUCUACAGAAGAAUGGUGAAGAAGCUAUUGUUUUAAAGAACAUUAGCGCCAACUGGGACAAGGAGAAAUCACAAGGAACACUUCGCAAUUUAAAUAUACAGAUACAAAAGGGCCAGCUUUGCGCCAUCAUUGGUCCAGUUGGAUCAGGCAAGAGUUCUUUGCUCCAGCUUCUGCUGGGAGAAUUGCCUAUCACUGAUGGUGCUUCUGUUAUAAACGAUACGAUUUCCUAUGCAUCGCAGGAGCCAUGGCUCUUCACAGGCAGCGUCCGGAAUAACAUUCUCUUUGGUGAGGAGUACGAUCAAGAACGCUAUCUGGAGGUAACCAAGUCGUGUGCUCUCAUUACCGACUUCCAGCAGCUGGGCGCAGCUGAUCACACCAUUUUAGGAGAGCAUGGAGCUUCCUUGUCCGGUGGGCAGCGAGCUCGUAUUAACUUGGCGCGAGCAAUUUACAAAAAUGCAUCAAUUUACUUGCUGGAUGAUCCAUUGAGCGCUGUGGACGCCCAUGUUGGACGACAUCUCUUCGACGAGAUCAUUGGACCACGUGGACGCCUGGCUCGGGAGAAGGCCACGCGAGUGCUGAUCACCCAUCAAGUGCACUUUCUAUCCGAGGCUGAUUGGAUUAUAAUUGUUGAAAAGGGUCAAGUCUUGGCUCAGGGCACGUAUCAGAAAAUCAGCAGCAGCGACCUGGAUUUUGCCAAGCUACUCGAUUGUCCCAACGAUGUGGAAGGUCUUGAACACGAGACACCAUCACUCCCAUUAAGUGAAAUCGAAGAUCAGGACGAAGAUGAGGAAAUUGAAGGUGAUAUUAGCCUGCAACCACUAAGAAAGCAGAGCCAGACUGAAGCCACUCAGUGCAAAAAAUUGUCCUCAGCUGCCGAUCAGCAAAAAGUUGACCAAAGGUAUAAUGGAUUGGCUGAGACUCAAGCAACGGGAGGCGUAUCAGCAAGUGUGUGGUUCGAGUACUUCGAAGCGGGCAGCUCUUUGUUGGGAUUUAGCUUCAUGGUGUGCAUUAUGCUGCUGUCUCAGGCAGUGUGCAGCGGCUCAGAUUACUUUUCCAAUAUCUGGGCGCAGCAGGAGCGCCUGCGGAAUCAAGGUGGACUCACCUUUUUCACCACCUACGAGUGCAUGUACAUUUAUGGUGUUCUCAUCGUUGGAGUGGUGAUUAUGACCAACUUCCGUGGAUUCCUCUUUUUAAAGACAUGCAUGCACGCCUCCAAGGUCUUGCAUGAUCGCAUGUUCCAUUGUGUCUUACACGCGUCAAUGAGAUUUUUUCAUAACAAUACAUCGGGUAGUAUUCUCAAUCGGUUCUCCAAGGAUAUCGGCACCAUGGACGAGUGGCUACCGCGAAAUAUGUUGGAGUUCGUGCAGCACGGUCUGGUUAUCUGUGGUAUACUGAUUGUGAUUGUGGUCGUAAAUCCCAUGCUAUUCCCAGCAGUUGUAGUUCUGGGUCUCCUCGAUAUGCUCAUACUGAAGCUGUAUCUGCGACCCUCGCAGGAUAUCAAGCGCAUGGAGGGCAUUUGUCGCAGUCCCGUUGUCUCGCAUCUGACCACGACUUUAUCCGGGCUUGCGAUCAUACGUUCGCGUAAGUUACAGGCUGUGGUCGCCAAGGAAUUUGAUCUGCUGCAGGAUGUGCACAGUGGCGCCUGGCAGCUGGCAGAGUCAACAAGUUCUGCUCUUGGACUGUGGGCGGACGGCAUUAACUGUAUCUUCCUCACGACAGUUACAUUUAGCUUUAUUAUCUCCAGUGAAGUUACAUACAGCGGCAAUGUCGGAUUGGCCAUCUCGCAGGCGAUUCUUCUCACGGGCAUGGUGCAGUACUGGGUGCGAAUGGUGGCUGACUCAAUGCAGCAAAUGACUAGCGUGGAGCGUGUGCUGGAGUACACGGAACUUGAACAGGAGUCGACGACCAGUGAUAACAAAGAUCCCAUUCAACAAUGGCCGCAGCACGGAAAGGUGGAAUUCCGGAACAUGUGUUUACGCUAUGAUCUCAAUAGUGCUCCCGUCCUCAAGCAUCUCAGUUUGACUAUUGAGCCAGGUUGGAAAGUGGGAGUGGUGGGACGCACCGGUGCUGGGAAAUCCUCGCUGAUUGGGGCACUCUUUCGCCUGGCGUACAUUGAGGGUGGCAUCUAUAUAGAUGGCAUCGAGACAGGCAGCAUCUCGCUGGAGACGCUGCGCACCCGCAUUUCCAUAAUACCACAGGAUCCAGUUCUCUUCAAGGCAAGCAUUCGCUGCAAUUUGGAUCCCUUUGAUCGUUACAGCGAUUCAGAGCUUUGGCGCGCUCUUGAAGAGGUCGAGCUUCGGUCGGCAAUUCCCGGUCUGGACUAUAUGGUAACCGAACAUGGCAGCAAUUUCAGUGUGGGUCAGCGACAGCUCCUUUGCCUAGCGCGUGCGAUCCUGCGCAACAACAAGGUCCUGGUGCUGGACGAGGCUACUGCCAAUGUGGAUCUACUAACUGAUGCGUUGAUCCAGCGCACAAUUCGUGAUAAGUUCCAGUGUUGCACAGUGCUGACUGUCGCGCACAGGCUGCACACCGUUAUGGAUUCGGAUCGCAUCAUUGUUAUGGAUGCUGGCAUUGCUGUGGAAUUUGAUGCACCUCAUGUGCUGUUACAGAAAUCAGACGGGGUUCUCAGAAAUAUGGUCGAGGCAACUGGAGGGGAGGCCGAUGCACUGCGAAACGUGGCCAGUGAUUCCUAUCAUAAAAUGCAGCAGCCUCAGCCAAACGAAGGAAUUGAGGAAAAACACCUGCUCAGGUUGUUGGAACGCGGUACAGGAAUUCUCAAGGAUAAGAACUCGCGACCAUAGCAUAUUUAAUUUUCUUUAUUUA